UUUACGGCAAGUCGUAUUUCACUCCUCUAAUAUGGCGUUCCCCAUUUAGGCAGCGGACGUGGUUUCUACCAUAGAUGGAUGUGGGCAGUGCUGGGUUGAGAGUGUUGUGUGUCUAACCCAGACCGCGGGAUCUGCAGUUAAAGUUCGUUUCUGGUCACGACUCCAAAAACCCACCCUCCUCUUGAGGGUCAAGAAUCGCCGCUUUUUUCUAGUUCCCGCAAGUUCCUCAUCUGUCCCUGGCUUGUUCCCCGCGCCACCUCCGGACACCCUCAAGUCCCUGAAACCCUCAGACUCAAACUAUGAGCCUACGGCAGCUGCUUUUGCGCUUGCCCCGUUGUCUUGGGGCCUCGGGUCCCCUGCGUGGCCCCCUCGACACCAUCUCCUCGGUGAUCUCCUGGCGUGGUCAGUGCUCCAGGUCCCCGGCCCAGUGGAACCAAGUGGUGUCAGAGGCGGAGAAGAUCGUGGGCUACCCCACGUCCUUCAUGAGCCUCCGCUGCCUGCUGAGCGACGAGCUCAGCAACAUCGCUGUGCAGGUGCGGAAGCUGGUGGGGACUCAGCACCCUCUGCUUACCACAGCCAGGGGUCUUGUACACGACAGCCAGAAUAACCUUCAGUUGAGGGGCUUGGUGGUGUUACUUAUUUCUAAGGCAGCUGGGCCCAACAGUGUGAAUGCUUCGUGUCAAAAGUAUGACAUGGUCAGUGGGAUCUAUUCAUGUCAAAGAAGUUUGGCAGAGAUCACAGAACUUAUCCAUACUGCUCUCCUUGUACAUCGUGGGAUAGUCAAUUUAAAUGAAUUGCAGUCUUCUGACGGGCCACUGAAAGAUAUGCAAUUUGGAAAUAAAAUAGCUAUCCUGAGUGGAGACUUUCUUCUAGCAAAUGCCUGCAAUGGACUCGCUCUGCUACAGAACACCAAGGUUGUGGAACUUAUAGCAAGUGCUCUUAUGGAUUUGGUACAAGGAGUAUACUAUGAAAAUUCUACUUUAGCAAAGGAAAAUCGUAUCACAGAUGAUAUUGGAAUAUCGACUUGGAAGGAGCAGACUUUUCUCUCCCAUGGGGCCUUACUAGCAAAGAGCUGCCAAGCUGCGAUGGAAUUAGCAAAGCAUGAUGCUGAGGUUCAGGAUAUGGCAUUUCAGUAUGGGAAGCACAUGGCUAUGAGUCAUAAGAUAAAUUCUGAUCUCCAGCCUUUCAUUAAAGAAAAGACCAGUGACUCCUCGACUUUUAAUCUAAACUCCGCGCCUGUAGUGUUACACCAGGAGUUUCUUGGAAGAGAUUUGUGGAUAAAGCAGAUCGGAGAGGCUCAAGAGAAAGGAAGAUUAGACUAUGCUAAGUUGCGAGAAACAAUCAAAGCUGGCAAAGGUGUGACUUCAGCUAUUGACCUGUGUCGUUACCAUGGAAACAAAGCACUGGAGGCCCUGGAGAGCUUUCCUCCCUCGGAGGCCAGAACUGCUUUAGAAAACAUUGUGUUUGCUGUGAUGAGAUUUUCCUGACACCAAAUUAAAAAGACUGUUGUUCGUUGGCUGAAAAAAUUGGGGAAGGAGGUGAUCGGGAGAGCUUUCGUGGUGAAAUAUCUAAAUGUAUUAAUGACUUCAACAACAUACACAUUUUUUUUCUUCUUCUUUUUAUCACACUGCUAAAUGAAUACUGCCUUCUUUUUGGAACUGCUGCAAACAAAAUUAGAAGAAAAAAGGUCAAGCAGUUUUCAGUUGUCAUGCCAGAAGCACACUUGAGGCUUCAGUAGCAGAAAUAAUUAAUGAGAUUCACUCCUGUGACCUCAGCAAAUGGACAGGAAAUAAGUCCUUAUUGAUUGGACCGAGCCAGGGAUGGCGCCAGGGCGGUGGCCUGUGGUUUUCCUUCUAGAGAGGACAGGGCAAGCUGGGAGCUGCAGGUGUCAGAAACACUGUCAGUGCUGGCCAGGGAGGACCGUCAAAUGAAAACCCAGUGACCAAUUUGUCAUAAUGGAGGCUAGUCUAAUGAUUAAGAAAAAAACAUGCUUUAUCUUCUUGCAAUUAUGUCUUUGUAUUUUAGAUACAAUCUGGCUAUACUUUUUGCUUCUUGGUUUUUGUAAGAUUUGGGGGAGGGGGUGGAAUUUGUUGAAAAAAUAAUGCCAAAUAUUUGAAGUAGGAGAUUAAAAUGUUGUCAAAUGUUAACUUGGUUAUAGUAGAAACUGCCUGUUUUUCUUUCUGGACCAGAUUUUUUUUCAAGUGCAUUUCAAAGAACCAAACUUGUUUUUUUCUUUUAAGCUGAACAGGAUGCUUUUUUUUUCUUUUUUUUAAAGUGUAUACAUUUGUAAUACUUUGGUAUAAAGAAUACCCUUAAUUUUUUACAAGCGUCAGAUACAUAGUUGUUGUGCUGGGGAAUUCAUUGGUGAGUUUUGUUUGUUUGUUUGUUUUUAACCUCAGAAUGUCAGAUUUUGGUCUUGAACCACAGACUUCCAAUUACAGAAAGAAUAUAAGCAGUCUCACAGGCCUGCAAUUGGACACUGUCUCUAUGUGGUUCACAGGAGAUGAUUUUUGCGGUUUGGAUGCAGGCAAUAUGAGAACACCGUUGACAAGAAGGCUGAGUUUACAUAAAUGAUCUAGGUUGAGACUCAGCCACCUUUCUUCCUUAUGUGGUGUAAUUACAGCCCUAUCUGGAGACAUCGAACACAGCAAACAGAUUUUAUUACCUACUUCACUCAAACACUGUAAGUGAAGUCACUUUAGUUAAAUUCUUUCUCCAAAAGUUACAAAAUCGUUUUAGCAGGACCCAGCAUGUGGCAUGCAAUGAAGAGAAAAUGUAAGCUACGGAGGUUAAGGUAUUGCAUUAUGAAAUAUUUUUAAGCAUACUUGAAACAUUGUAAUUGUGCAGUUUAUGCUACUAUAAUUUGAAGGCCUAUAGAUUUAACUGAAGAGAACACAGCACUCUUCUGUUUGAAAUGUCUUUUCUCACAGAAUUUGGCUUAAUUAGUAACUAGGGUUAGAUGCUUUAGAUCAGACUAGGUUGUAAUCAUUAACUUCCACAAAGGAGGAGCCUUGCUUUAUGUUCUCUGGCUGUGCAGGAACUUCAGCAAGCUGUAGGUUUCAUCAAAUAGAAGGUCAGGCGCUGGGGAACACAGCGCAGGAUUCUAGGGCUCUUCUAGGUCUGCUCCAGCACCAGGUUCACGGAGUGACCUUGAACAAGGCCCUUCCCUCUGAGCCUCUAUCUCCGUAUUUGUAAAAUAAGGUUAAACAGGGAAAUGUGUGAAGUCCCCUCCACCUUUGCUUUAUUGUCAAAAAGUUUCCCAUUUCUGACUCUGGAUAACAGAGAUGCUAUGUGAGAUUUGGGGAAGAGAGGUGAAAUCCAAAGAGAGGCGAUGAAGGAGUGCGUGAAACUUCAUGGCCGACUCCUCGCCCAGCUGCCCCACAGGUGACCGAAGGAGCUCCCAGCUCUCUGGUUGUGUGUCUUACAACCUUGACCUCGUUUCAGCACCCGCCUUUCUGCUUGCUUUGGUACAUUUCCUACUCCCUCUCACCUUCCCAGAAGCCCUGCCCGCCUCUCUUCCCUCUCCGGUACCUCGCGUCUGGGCUCCCUGGAAGCAGCAGCUCUGCCCUCACUGUAGAGCGACCCCUCUGCCUUCAUUAAACCUCCUCUGUUGGCUCAGUCACUCUAAAGUAUUAAACACUGAAGGUCUUCUCCACGCCCCUUCUUCAGGGAUAUUUCUUUAUUCAUCCAUUCUAAACCCUUGUAACUUCGGACACUCUCUAGGGAGAAAUUUGGGUGCAGCGAGACACGUUUCAUUACACUUUUUUGGCCUAGUGCCAGGGCUCUGUCAGGCACUAGCAUGCCUGUGACUUUAGCAUGCCACCUCCUUCCCCCUCUGCAUCACCGUCCAGUCUCUUGCUAGAGGGAAGAAUUCAUUCAUUAGCCACUGUCCUGUUCCUUCCACCUGGACUUGCAAACCUCACUCACUUCAGCCCCUGAGCCACCUGACUUCUCCUGCCUCCCUGUCGGUCUUUUCUUCAGGCUUAGUGAGGGCUCUGCGGGCAUGCCAGGCACUCUGCUGAAGGCUUUAACAGUGCUAUCUUGUUCGAAUCCCAUAACUACCCUCUGGGGCUAAGAUUUAUCCCCCAUUUAUAGAUGCAGGAGCCAGCAGAGAGCCCACCUCUGCCUGACUGGCUUGCCUUCACACUCCCUUUCCCACUUUAAAGUCUUUCCAGACAGCGCCUCUUUCUCUCUUCCUUUGCUUCUCUUUCCAGAUAUGACUCUACUCCUUUCCAAAGGUGCUUCCCAGGUGGUGCAAUGGUAGAGAAUCUGCCUUCCAGUUCAGGAGAUGCAAAAGAUGCAGAGACUUGGGUUCGAUCCUUGGGUCAGGAAGAUCCUCUGGAGGAGGAAAUGGGCACGCCACUCCAGUAUUCUUGCUUGGAGAAUUCUAUGGACACAGGAGCCUGGUGGGACUCCAGUCCAUGGGGUUGCAAAGAGUCAAACAUUCCUGAGCACACUCGAAUCCAUUCACACUCUUUCUUCAGCCUGCAGCCUCCUGUCUCAUGUCUCUGGUUUUGAGGCUUAGGUUUCCUCUGCUGGCUUUGAAUGUGCUCAGUUCUCCCGUAAAUGAAAUUUCCCUCACUUCCCCUGUUUAUCCUUCCACCUUCACACUUUUCCUCCUAGCAUUAGCAGUACACCUUCUUACAGGCUACUAUUUAACCUUUGCAGUUCAUCAUUCACUGCAUUCACUGCUGGGUCCCCACCAUCUCAGCCAGCACUGGCACUUCAGAUACUUAGAGACAUUUAAAUCUAUCAGGUCUCACAGCUCUGCUCCACAGAGAUGCCUUCUUCUUGCUCACAGGUGGUGGCCUCACUGUAAAAUUUACAGCCAUACCCCUGCACACGGACGUCCUACAUAAUUUUACACGGCCAACUGCAGCUUCCCUGCUCACCGCCUAGCACCUUCCACUCUUCUCAACAACGCUUCUUUGGUGUCUCACACAUCUUGCUCUCACCCUAGAGACAUUCUUUUCUAAAAUUUAAGGUUCUAUUUCCCCAGGAAGUACAAAGCAGUUCCCUGUGCCACUGUCAUCUUCCUUUAAUUUCCCCAACUUAGAAAAACAGUUUCUAAAAAAACAGUUAUCAAUUCAAUACUGAUUAGUGAGUUAUUUGCCAUUCACUAUUAGUUACUCUGAAAGAAGAUAAGGAUUAUGACAAUCAUUAAACUUGGUUGUGUGCUUUACUUGAUGAUAACCUUAAAUCUGCAUCAUGUUUUCCUGCUCCUAUAAUAUAGUUACCUAGUCACACCUAAAAAUAAAUGAUGGGUGACACUGUGUGCCUGAUCCAGGUCUCAUUCUCUGAAGUAUGAGACUGUCUCUUAUCUAUACUAAUAUUAUUACUAUGGCCUGGGAUGCAGGUGAAACUUAUAAACCUGGGGUAAAAGAUAUAUACUUUAGUGCCGAAUGCUCCAAAAAGAUGUAGGCCUUUUUUAAGGCCUAGAACGUACAACACAAUGAACUCAGGUGACCAGAAAGCAAUCUGAAUAACUCUUGAUGAUAUUUCAAAACCUGAUAAGUUGCUAUAAUAUAGAUCUCUUUGGGCAAGAAGGUUUGGGAAAAUUGUGUUUAAUCAACAAAAGUGCAGCUAAAGGAUACUUCUUUUUCUCUCUCUUUUUUUAAGACUCUAACUAGAAAUUCUUUGGCAGUCUGGGGGUUGGGACUUGAUGCUUUCACCACUGUGGCCUGGGUUCAAUCCUUGGUCAGGGAACUAGACCCUGUAAGCCAAGUGGCGUUGCCAAAAGGGGAAAAAAAAAAAACAAAACUCUUGACUGAGCAGCAGGUCCAUCACAUAUACAGAAAACUUGCUUUUCAGAACACUCUUUUCACAUUGUUUCCUAGAUUUCUUAGUUUCAGGAAAAUUCUUUCCUGCCCCUUCAUUUGUCUUCCCACUGUGAGAUCCUCUUGUUAAGAUCUCACCUUCUGACCAAUAGAAGUUCCAGGAUUUAUCUUGAGAAUGACUGCCUCUCAGUCUGGAGAAGGCAUGCCAUACCUUUGCUAAAACCCACAAGGACAGAGAUAGAUUGAGUUGAUUUUUUAGUCUCUUUAACUGUGAGGACACAAUUGUUACUCCAUUAUCAAUAGUUUCCAUUACUGUUAAUCACCUUUUAGUAAUAAUAAAAUUAUUUGCACUUUCUUUUUAAAACAUGAAGCAAUCUAACAAGAUAAUCUUUUACCCCUUUCUUCGUUUCCUACCAGUCACUCCUAAUCUCUUCUCAAAUUAGCUGUUUUAUUCUUUCAGAAUGGUUCCUGCCUUUCCAUUAAGGAGAUAACAUAUUUUUUAAAAAGAAGGUCACCUGGGGAGACCCCAGAGGGGCCAGAACGGAGCACUCCACCUCUCCCUUUAGCUCCCCAACCUGCCCUUGGAGCUCUGCAAUACUAGGUAUUAGGCCUCUGCUGGUGGAGGAAUGUUCUUCAAUAUAUAUUUCUUACUCUUCCAAAAAAAGGGUAAGUUCCACAGGCUUUCAUUCCUCUUUCAUAGAUGCUAAUUCCAUCUUCAUGAAAAAGCUCUAUCAGCUUUCUCUCAAUGUGGUCUGUUCAUUUCUAAGACUGACAUUGUACCUGUCAUGCAUCCUGUGAGCAGAUGAGUAGGCUCCCCAUCGCCCUGACUGUUGUUGAGAAGAUUUCACUUUUUGAUGCAUUUUAGUAAAUAAAUACUUAUAAAGAAAUUUUGAUAGAAAAAAAUUAUUCUGAAUCUCACCAUACUCAAAUAAUCAGUAUCACCAUUUCCUUUGUAUUUCUUCCAGUCUUUUCUGCCAUGCCUAUCUUUUUUUUUUUUUUUUGCAUGAUUGUAAUUAUAUGCAAUAGUAUCAAUUCAGUGAAGCAAAGUGAAAGUGUUAGUUGCCCAGUCACAUCCAACUCUUUGCAACCCCAUACAAAGAGCCCGCUAAAAAAAAACAACAACAAAGAGCCUGCUAGGCUCCUCUGUUCCUGGGAUUUCCCAGGCAGAAUACUGGAGUGGGUUGCCAUCUCCUUCUCCAGGGGAUCUUCCUGACCCAGGGAUUGAACCCAGGUCUCCUGCAUUGCAGGCAGAUUCUUUACCAUAUGAGCCACCAGGGAAGCAGUCUUCAUAGCCACUUUAAUAAGAAGCUUAAGUUCUACACAAGGCACCUUGAAUUUCUAUUCCUGAUUGGUUUCUCUGAGGUAAAUGGGUAUGUGGUAAGUACUCGUUAAGUCCACCUCCCAGCCUGCUACUAAGAAAGUCUCUGUCAUAGAAAGAUAGUGCCCCUGUAGGUUCUCCACAGCAGCAGGUUAAAACUGUGACAUAAAUUCCCUGAAUGAGAAAUCUUUUCUGUUGGUGGUUCCCAUUCCUUCAAGAUGAUGCUCAAAAUAGAUUGACACUUCCAUGCAUUUCCCUCUUGCUUCCCUGCAAGUUCUCAGUCAUCCACACUUCUAUAGGAUGACUUCUUCCUUGUCAACUGAGGUUAAGGAUCUCCUGGAACAGGAAAGGCCCUUGGGCAGUUGUGGUAGGUUCUGCUCUUGGCCAAGACCAUGUAGAAAUCAUUUUCUAAGAAUCGAUAAGCUAUCUUGCUUCUUCAAAGGCUUAGGAGAAGGAAACUCUUCGGGUUUGUUUGACGGGAAACAAAAUAACAUUUAUCUGACUUAAGUCUUUCAUGCUGUGACAGUAUGAGCUUACUGUAUUUUGUAUUAUCUUGUUUUGUUUGAAUCCUUUUUUUAAGCCUUCAGAUGGAUGAGAAAACAGUUAUUAUUCCCAAAGAAUUAAGCUAUACCUGCAACCUUUCUUUUCUUAAGUUAGUCUUCAUAACUUUACUAUUUGCAUCACUCCUCACUUCCCACAUUUCAGUGAAGUCCUCUGCCUGCCUCCUGCCUUAUAUUGUGAGUUGCAGUUACUUAACUUGUGUACAUGGAAUAUGAUCAAUUGUGAACUUCCUAAUUGCUGCCUAUUUUUGCAGCUUUGUACUUCUCUUUCUUUUUAUCCUUUUUUGAAGAUUUAAAAUUGCUUUAAUUGAAUUUUUAAAAGCAACUUAUUGAAGUAAAAUUUACAUAUCAUGAAAUCCAUCUAGUGUAAGUAUACAAUUCAGUGAUUUUUCCAUAAAUUUGCAGAGUUUUGUAAGCAUCACCACAGUUCAGUUUUUAAAGAUCCCUUGUGCCCAUUUGUAGUCAACCCUUACUCCCAUCCUCAGUCUUAGGCAGCCACUCAUCUACUCUCUGUCUCUAUAGGUCUGCCUUCUUUGGACAUUUGAUGUAAAUGGAGUUUUACAAUACUUAGUCUUUUGCAUCUGGUUUCUGUCACUUAGCAUAAUGUUUUUGAGGUUUAUCUAUGUGUGGAAUUAAUCAUUAUUUCAUUCAUUUAUUGAUGAAUAAUAUUCCACUGUACAGAUACAUUAUAUUCCUUUAUCCAUUUACCAGUUGAUUGGCAUUUGGGUUAUUUCUACUCUUCACCUAUUACGAAUAGUACUGUUGUGAAUCCUUGUGUACAAGUCAUUGUGUAGAGAAAAGUUUCCAUUGCUCUUGAGUAGAUCCUCAGGAGUAAAAUUUAUGAUAAAUUUAUGUUUAACUUUUUAGAAAUUGCCAGACUGUUUUCCAAAGGUAUCAUUUUACCUUUCCAACACAUGUGGGUUCUGAUUUCUUCACAUCCUUGCCAACUCUUGGUGUUCCCAUCUUUAUUAUUAUAGCUAUUCUAGUAGGAAUGAGACUAUUAUCUUGUUGUGAUUUUUGCUUGCAUUUUCCUAGUGAUUAAUGAUGCUUAAGCUUCUCCUCACGAGCUUGUUAGUCAUUUAUAUAUCUUCUUUGGUGAAAUGUCUGUUCAGAUCUUUUGCCUAUUUGUUAAUCGGGUUCUUUAUCUUAUUAUUGUCAUAAGCAUUUUUUAUGUAUUCUGAAUACAAGUCCUUUAUCUGAUAUAUGAUGUGCAAGUACUUGCUCUCAAUCUAUGGCUUAAAUUCAUUUUCAUAAUGAUUCCUUUUGAAGUGCAAUGUCUAUAAUUUUAAUGAAAUCCACUUUAUCAGUUUUUUUCAUCUCUAGUUCAUACCUUUCAUGUCAUAUCUAAGUGAUCUUUGCGUGACCCAAAGUCACGAAGAUUUUCUCCAAUGUUCUUUUCUUAGAGCUUUGUAGUUUUAGCUCCUACAUUUAAGUCUAUAAUCCAUUUUUAGUUGGUUUUUGUAUAUAGUAUGAGGUAAAGGUUUAAAUGGGGGUAUUUCAUCCUCAGCGCUGUUGACACAUUGGUCUGGGUCAUUCUUUGCUGUGAGGGUUGCCUGUGCAUCAUUGGAGAUUGUGCAGCAUCUCUGGCCUCUUCCCACUAAAGGCCAGCAGCUCCUGCCCCAGUGGUGACAACCAGAAUCAUCUCCAGAAAUUGCCAAAUGUUCCCUGCCUUUGGGAAGCCAAAAUCUUCCCCAUCGAAAACCUGUGACAACCAGAAUCACCUCCAGAAAUUGCCAAAUGCUCCCUGCCUUUGGGAAGCCAAAAUCAUCCCCAUCGAAAACCACUGGACUAAAUUAAUUAGUUUUGUAUGUGGAUAUCCAGCUGUUCUAGAACCAUUUGUUGAAAAGAUAAUUCUUUCCUCCUUUGAGUUGCUUUGACAACUUUGCAGAAAAUCAGUUGACCCUAAAUCUAAGGGCUUGCUGCUGGACUGUCAGUUCUAUUCCAUUGAUCCCUGUGUCCAUCCUUAUGCCAAUACCACACUCCUUGAUUACUGUAGCUUUAUAUUAAAUUUUUAAAUUGGGAAGUAGAAGUCCUGCAGCUUAAUUUUAAAUAAAUUGUUAAUUUUAAGAUAAUUGUAGAUUCACAAGUUGUUCAGUCACUGAGUCAUGUUCAACUCUUUGUGACCCCAUGAACUGCAGCACGCCAGGCUUCUCUGUCCUUCACUAUCUCCCGGAGUUUGCUCAAACUCAUGUUCAUUGAGUCAGUGAUGCCAUCCAACCAUCUCAUCCUCUGUCACCCCAUUCACAAGUAGUUGUAAGAAAUAAUACAGAGAGAUUCUGUGCACCCUUUACUGUUUUUCCUGAUGGUAGCAUCUUAUAAAACUAUAGGAUAACAUCACAACCAGAGUGUUGACAUUGAUACAAUCCAUCAAUCUUAUUCAGAUUUCCCCAUUUAUACUUUUAGUUCUUCUUUUUCAGAAUUGUUUUGGCCACUCUGGGUCCUUUGCAUUUCUGUAAAAAUUUUAUGAUCAACUUGUCAUUUUCUACAAAAGAGUCUGCUGGGAUUUCGAUAGGGAUUGCAUUGAGUAUGUAGAUCUAAUUUCAGAUCAGUUCAGUUCAGUCGCUCAGUCGUGUCUGACUCUUUGUGACCCCAUGGACUGCAGCACGCCAGGCCUUCCUGUCCAUCACCAACUCCCGGAGUUUACUCAAACUCAUCCCCAUUGAGUCGGUGAUGCCAUCCAACCAUCUCAUCCUCUGUCAUCCCCUUCUCCUCCCUCCUUCAAUCUUUCCCAGCAUCAGGGUCUUUUCAAAUGAGUCAGUUCUUUGCAUCAGGUGGCCAAAGUACUGGAGUUUCAGCUUCAGCAUCAGUCCUUCCAAUGAACACCCAGGACUGAUCUCCUUUAGGAUGGACUGGUUGGAUCUCCUUGCAGUCUGAGGGACUCUCAAGAGUCUUCUCCAACACCACAGCUCAAAAGCAUCAAUUCUUCUGCACUCAGCUUUCUUUAUAGUCCGACUCUCACAUCCAUACAUGACCACUGGAAAAACCAUAGCCUUGACUAGAUGGACCUUUGUUGGCAAACUGUCUCUGCUUUUUAAUAUUCCUUCUAGGUUGGUCAUAACUUUUCUUCCAAGGAGUAAGUGUCUUUUAAUAUCAUGGCUGCAGUCACCAUCUACAGUGAUUUUGGAGCCCAAGAAAAUAAAGUCUAUCUUUUUCCACUGUUUCCCCAUCUAUUUGCCAUUAAGUGAUGGGACUGGAUGCCAUGAUCUUAGUUUUCUGAAUGUUGAGCUUUAAGCCAACUUUUUCACUCCCCUCUUUCACUUUCAUCAGGAGACUCUUUAGUUUUCUUUGCUUUCUGCCAUAAGGGUGGUGUCAUCUGCAUAGCUGAGGUUAUUGAUAUUUCUCCCAGCAAUCUUCAUUCCAGCUUGUGCUUCACCCAGCCUAAUGUUUCUUGUGAUGGACUCUGCAUAUAAGUUAAAUAAGCAGGGUGACACUGCUUGAUGUACUCCUUUUCCUAUUUGGAACCAGUCUGUUGUUCCAUGUCCAGUUCUAACUGUUGCUUCCUGACCUGCAUACAGAUUUCUCAGGAAGCAGGUCAGGUUGUCUGGUAUUCCCAUCUCUUUAAGAAUUUUCAGAUAAUUGCCAUUUAAUUAUAUUAAUCUUCUAAUCCAUGAAUCAUGAUUUUCUUUUUUAUUGUGGUUUUAUCUAUCUAUCUAUCUAUAUGUAUAUAUCAUGAUAUGGGCCAUUUCAAUAAUUUAAAGUUUUCAAUUUAGUGACAUGAAUUACAUUCAUACUGUUUUGCAUUCAUCACCACUAUUUCUAUAAAUUUCCAUCACCCCAAAUGGAAACCAUGCUUUUCUUUAACCAGCAGUACUGAAAUUGCCAACUUACUGGUUACCAUAUGGUCUCCUGUAGACCCCAAAAUUCUUUUUCAGAUUAGUAAUUUAACACCAAACCCUGAAUCCCAGGGAAUCCUGGUACUUGUCUUUAGAAGAAUAUAAACAAGUCUUUGUUAAGAAAUUGGGCUUUAGAGUCUUCAAAUCCCAGCUCUGCAAUUGACAAGCAGGUUAAUUUACUUCUCUGAGUCUUCCAUUAUCAUGCACAAAUUUAAACUGUUUCAUUUCUAUCAACCUUCCAGGUGUGGGCAUCCCUAAAUGGAGUGCAAAGACUCCCAGGGAUACUCAGCAGCCUGCCACAUGCUGUGGAAGCCACAGAAUGAACACACACAUUGUCCAGGAACAUAUUUUUUCCCCACAAAGCUAACAUUAGGUAAUUUAACUACAAAUGAGUUUUUAAACUUUCAUAGCAUACCAUAUAUAUAUAUAUAUAUAUAUGGUAUAUAUAUGGUAUAUAUAUAUAUAUAUAUAUAAUAGAAUUACAUGUAAGAUUUACACUCAUUAUAAUAUAAAAAAUAAGACUUAAGAUAAAUUUAAAGCCUUUAUUCAUGUGCUGUGGGCUAACCCUUCUUCCUUCCCACCCCCCACCCCCCCACACAUGCCCCUUAACAAGUCUUUUGCCCUCUAGUCUCCCUGUCAGGUCUAACAGACAUCACUCUUCAUUCACAGCCCUUUUCCUACAGAAUCUCAGAAUUCUCCUCAACAAAGCUCUCUAGUCAGGCCCUGUUUCUGUAUCAACUUGAAGUCUGUUUGCCAUCUCUGUCUGGCUGGCAAACAACUAUAUGUUUUAACCUAUAUUUUACCAUUUCAGGGUAUUUGAAAUAAAAUUAGCAGUCCUGAAAAUCAAGGUGAUUUUAUUUAUUCCUGGCUUUCCAAAGGUUAUGUUCUUCCUUUCAAAUUAUUUUACUUUCUCUGUUUUACAUAUAAAUUAUAAUAAAGAUAACGAAAAACAUAUGAUAUGUUGACUUUAAAAAUGACAGUAUCCAUCAUGUCAUCUUAAGUCGGCUGGUCCAAAGGUAUUUGUAUUUUGUGUAACUUUGUUCUUCUAAUAGCCAUCAAUGGAAAUCACAUGUCCAUUACUAUGAAAAAAAACCCUUUGGAAACAUCUUUGCAAAGCACUUGUGGCUCAGAUGGGAAAGAAUCUGCCUGCAAUGCAGGAGACCCAGGUUCGAUUCCUGGGUUGGGAAGACAGCUUGGAGCAUUCCAUGGACAGAGCAGCCUUGUGUGUUACAGUCUAUGGGGGUUGCAAAGAGUCAGACAUGACUGAGCGAUUAAUUUUUUUUCCCAUGCACACACUGUGAUCAUUAGAUCCUAUUUAGGAAAGGUUAAAUUGUGUUUUAUUUCAUAUUUAGGAAAGGUUUGACUUUUGUUUUAUUGCAUCAGUUGAAACACAGAGGUUUGUUUGGGAUUCUUUUUUAGAUCCUUAUCUCUUUAUAGAGAGAUUCAGAGAUAGAAGAUGAAGAGAUGAACAAGGACAGGUAAUAGAGCAAGUCUCUUUUUGAUUAAACCAUUAAAUAUCUAAACAUCUGUAUUUUUCUUCCCUGUCCUACCUACCAACUUUUUAUGAUCAGAAGCUGGCAUGACACAUUGCCUUAAUUUGUAUCUAGCUGUUGCUAAGCUAUCACUAUGGUACCAAUGCACUCAGGCAGAUAUAAUCGCUAAAAAUAAAUAUGUAGGAAGAAAAUUUUGUCCCUAGCCCCCUCACCUCUCCUGUCAUCUGGAUGAGUAGUUCAACAUUGAAUUUCUGUGUCAUAAUUGCUUUACACCUGUAACAAAACAAAACAAAUUAAUGUGAAACUUUUGAAAACCAAAUUAUUACAGCCCAUAAAAAUAUAACGAUGUCUGUAAAUGUCAUUUACAAAAGUCAUCACUAGUCUUUGUACCUAUACCUUGUAAUGAUUGAAACAGCCUGCAUGGUAACAGUGAUUGAUUUUUUUGCCCUCAAGCAAUGUAAAACACCAGCAAAAAUACUGUCCUAUUAAUUAUAAUUUUUAUGGUCAUGCAAUCACAAUGAAUGGCAUCUUUUUGUUCUUUCUCAAUGGUUAAAGUUUUUCAGAUAGUUUUAAAAUUUUCACAUUCUAGUAGAUAAUUUCAGCACAAUGACCUCAUGUAAGCUUUAUCUUCAAGAGUGGUAUAAAUAUAAACUGUACUCUCCAGUGUUAUAUCUCAGUCCUCUUACUUCUUUGCCUCACUGCAUAUACACAGCAAGAGAUUAGUCCAAAAGGAAAAGCUUAG